AUGGCAUUUCUACGGAAUACUGUUCGGGCUGCAUCGCAUGUGCGUGCCGCUGCUGCGCCGCUGCGGCCUGCAAGAAUCCCUCGCAUCCAACUCGCACGUGCGUUCAGUACCGAGAACGAGAAGCCCGCUGGUAGCGGGCCGCCGAAAAACAACAUUGGUCGCCUCGUGCUUGUCACUGUGGUACUCGCGUUUGGUAUCACUACGGGUGUGUACGUGACCAAGUCGAAAGAGCCGCCGAACAACCCCGACAACUACUUCAAGUCGAAAUAUGACUUUGUCCCCACCGUAGAGGACUACCAGAAGGUGUAUAAUGACAUUGCGAAUGGUCUCGAGUCGAAGCCUGAGUACGACGCGGGCAGUUAUGCUCCGAUUCUUCUUCGUCUUUCGUGGCAUUCCAGCGGUACGUAUUCCAAGGAACGCCCUACCGGUGGCAGCAACGGUGCCACGAUGCGCUUCCCUGUCGAAGCUGGCCACGGCGCAAACAAUGGCCUUGGUAUUGCGCGCAACUACUUGGAGCCAAUCAAGGAAAAGUACCCCUGGAUCUCAUACUCGGACCUUUGGACGAUCGGUGGCGUAUGUGCUCUCCAGGAGAUGGACGGCCCCAAGAUUGAAUGGCGGCCGGGCCGCAAGGACAAGUCCGAGGCUGCGACCCCGCCCGAUGGCCGUCUUCCGGACGGUGCAAAAGGUGCCGAUCAUUUGCGCAAUAUUUUCUACCGCCUUGGCUACAAUGACCAGGAGAUUGUUGCCCUGAGCGGUGCACACGGUAUGGGUGAGUGCCACCGUGACCGCAGUGGUUUCGAUGGUCCCUGGACCUUUACGCCCAUCUCGUUUACCAACCAAUUUUUCACGCUACUUCUUGACGAAACGUGGAAGCCGCGCGACUGGGAUGGCAACUUCCAGUACCAGGAUCAAUCUUCGAAAUCGUUAAUGAUGCUGCCGACUGAUUACUGCCUGAUUGAGGACCCCAGUUUCAAGAAGUAUGUCGAGUUAUACGCCAAGGAUGAGGACCGAUUCCGCGAGGACUUUAAAAAGGUGUACACCGCUCUCAUUGAGAAGGGCGUCCCCGAAGAGCUCUUUGAAGCAGGUCGCAAAGGUCUUGGGGGAAAGAAGACGAUUGUGUUCCAGACCACCGCCGAGCAGGACAACGACAAGCGCGAGUAG